AUGGCGCCCGCCCGCCGCCCCGCCGCCGCCGCCGCCGCCGCCGCGCGCCUGCUGUUCUGCGUGGGCCUGCUGGCCGCCGCCGCGGGCCUCGGCGCCCCGGAGCCCGCAGGGAGCAGCGAGCCGCCCGCCGAGAGCCCGCCGGCGCCCAGCGCUGAGCGCACCCGCAGCAUCGACCCCCGAGAUGCCUGGCUGCUCUUCGUCAGACAGAGUGACAAGGGGGUCAACAGCAAGAGGAGGAGCAGGACCAAGGCCAGGCGGCUGAAGCUUGGUCUGCCAGGGCCCCCGGGACCUCCCGGUCCCCAAGGCCCCCCAGGCCCACUCAUCCAGCCCGAGGCUCUGCUGAAGGAGUUCCAGCUACUGCUGAAAGGCGCCGUGCGGCAGCGGCAGCGCGCGGAGCCCGAGCCCUGCACGCGCGGCCCGGCGAGCGCCGCCGCCGCCGCCGCGGGGCCCGACGACGACGAGGACGCGGGGGCCGUGCUGGCGCUGCUGGCCGCGCCCUUCGCCCCGGGGCCGCGCGUGGAGGCCGCGUUCCUCGGCCGCCUGCGGCAGGACGCGCGCGUGGAGCGGCGCGCGCUGCGCGAGCUCGGGCCCUACGACCCGCCCGACGCCGAGGGCGCCUUCCACCGUGGCCCGGGCCUGAACCUGACCAGCGGCCAGUACACGGCGCCCGUGGCGGGCUUCUACGCGCUCGCCGCCACGCUGCACGUCGCGCUCGCCGAGCCCCCGAAGCGCGGGACGCCGCGACCCCGGGACCGCCUGCGCCUGCUAAUCUGCCUCCAGUCCCGCUGCCAGCACAAUGCCUCCCUGGAGACUGUCAUGGGGCUGGAGAACAGUGGUGAGCUUUUCACCAUCUCAGUAAAUGGUGUCCUCUACCUGCAGGUAGGGCAGUACACUUCCGUCUUUUUGGACAACGCCAGCGGCUCCUCCCUCACGGUGCGCAAAGGUUCCAGCUUCAGUGCUGUGCUCCUGGGAGUGUGAGCAGUGACUGCAGGCUCUAAGCCUCACAGGCAAAUGGAGCUGGGGUCGGUGUCUACAGUGUUGAGUGACAGUGGCCCUGUACAGAAGGAAGCCCAUCGGGAACUGUGACCACACUGGUGACUGUGAUGUCUGUCCGAGCAGCCGGCACUUAUAGAGGUGAUGAUGUCCCAGAACCAGGAGGACACUUCAUGACGUCAUGAGCCCUGACUGCAUAGCUGUCUGGAGCAGUCCAGCAAGCCUGGAAGCCCUGCUGUGUCCCCACUGCACAGCUGCCUCCUUCAUGGCCCCAGCACAGCCUCUGAUUCCUUCCCGUGGCCCAACCUUUACUGACAUCCUUACCCUUCUCAUGUACAGUGGGGAAGAGGGUCAGCUGUGCAGUCUGGGCCAAGGGAAAGCAGGCUGCAGGUCCUAAGUGCUGAGAGGCCUGGGCCGUCUGGGUCUUCUGUCCCGCACACCCCACUGCCGCUUGCUGUGCUGUAACUUCAGGGACCUGAGGGUGCUGGACAGGAACUUCAUUGGGGUGUUGGCUAGUUAACCCAGACCUGGCUUCCAGCAGCUGUCUCCGUACUUGUGUAAGGUAAAAUGAACCACAUGUCCCCUAACAAGUGGGAGCUACCCAGCCGCCCCCCCCCCCCACCAUCUCUUUUAGACAAGGUUGACUUUAUCCUCCAAAACAGUGGCAGGCACGAGACCCCUUCCACUUCCUCUGAGGCUCUAGUUCAGGCAAAAGCUGGAGAGCAGUGCUGCUGGCCUGCAGCUGGCUUCGGGGCAGCUCCCACUUGUUAACAGAGUGCAGGACUGCUUGAGAAAACAAGGACAAGGACACGGCCCUUCAAGGGCCCCACUGCCUGCAGAGACAGCCUUGGGCUUCAGGGGAUCUGGUGCCUGAGAACCUCCCAGGCAUCAGCCUGGCCUGGUGGGAGUGCCCAAGGCUAGAAAAGGGGACAACGUCACAAUCACUUAAACUGUACAGCUGGCCUCGAGAUGAGAUGGUCACAGCCAGGCUGAAUGAUGAUCCUUGUGCAGUCUACAACCAAACUUCUGUCCAGGCAAGGCAUCCAGGCAGUGGCAGGUACGCCCAGGGCCCGAUUCUCAGUAGGGCUGGUACCCACCCUACCAGGAAGUACCAGGCUGGCCUGAGUCCCAACUCCCGGGCACUGUGAUAAGAGUGUGGAGUGCCCACACCCUUCUCUUUCUCUGGAUUUCACUCUACCUAGCGGGCAUGGACAUUUUAGAGAAGUUAUCUUUUAGCCUUGAAGAGGCUGCAUACACACAUCUUUUCACCUAAGUGUGUUACACAUCAACUUACUGAAGUAUGUAUUUGCAUAGUACUGCUGGAUAGGCUGUCUUUAUGUAACUGACUUUGAGGUGGUCUUUUCACAGAGGGUAAAAACAAAGGCAGACCUGAGAUUUUUUAGACCAGGCUCAGCAAGGGCAGUUGAGUGGCAAGCUCUGGAAGGUGAGGCAGAGAUGACUCUGAUCUUGGUUCCCCUUGGGAGUGGCAAGGGUCUGGAGACCAUAGUGCCAAGCCUAUCUCAGAAGGGUUAAGUGGGAAUUGGGAACAUGAGCCUUUGGGGCACUGAAUGACUCUUGCUUUGCCAAAUAAAUUGUCAUGCUUCCAGAA